CUAUUAUAUAGGUCCGUGGUAGAAAUGAUACGAAAAAAUGCGAUAUGCAUCGGAAGCGUUUUUCUAUUUCAACGCUCAAAAUUUGUAUCUAAUUAAAACUCUUUAGUCUGCCGUCUUGUUCGUCAUACGACCUAUUUAUUUAUUUUUAAAGAUAACAGCAGUCUUCAAAAUGGCUGAAGUUGCUGAAGCCAAAAGAAAUUUUCUAGAAUACAGUGGACCUAAACCAGGUGUCAAAUAUCCAAUUAGUGUGUUAUAUUGUGGUGAAUGUGGUGUCCCUGUUGAGUACUGUGAGUUUUACCCUACAUAUGAAAAAUGCAAAGCUUGGUUAGAGAAAAAUUUACCAGAUGAAUUUGAAAAACUUAAAGUUGACAAGACUCCCACUGUUGUUGUAGCAAGCGGGGAAGAUGAUGGGGCAGCGGCAGAAACCAAAGAAGAAGAAGGAGAAAAGAAAAAAAGACAGACAAGGGGAGGUAAAGCAAUAAUGAAAGCGAAAAAGAAAAUUGAACCUCAAGGUAUCAAAUUGUGGACACAGACACGAGGGAAAAAGAAAAAAGUCACAAUAAUUGUUGGAUUAGCUUCUUAUGAAAUAGACUUAAAGGAAGCCAGCAAGUUUUUUGCUGGAAAGUUUUCAUGUGGCUCUUCAAUCAGUGGUGAGGAUGAGAUUGUUGUCCAGGGUGAUGUCAAGGAUGAACUCUUUGAUAUUUUGCCAGAGAAGUGGAAAAUAAUAGAUGAAGAUGAUAUUGAUGACUGUGGAGAGAAAAAGUAGAGUAGUAAUGUGGAAUGCCUGAAUGUCUACCAGAAGAGUUUGAGUGUGACUUGUAUUUUGCCCAGCGGAUUCAUUAAAUUAUGGAAAAUAGACUAAAAA